AUGUCUUCCAACAUCACAAAAUCCAUUCUUGCCACAUCCACUGAAAAACUCGCCAUAACCACGCCUUUCGUGCAGCCGCCAGACUGUUCGAACCAAUGGAUUAUGACAGAAAUGCCGCACCUACCUCUUACUUCGUUCUCCAGCGGCGAAGUAUACCACACCGUCAUGUCAAAGGUCUCUGUCUCUGCUCCCCCGUCAUCAUGUUAUCCCUCUGGAUGGGAUCGCGUCGAGAGGACAAGCCGGCUCAAUUUUAGCCCGGGCGUGUGCCCCGAGGAUUGGACGUAUUAUAGCAUGGCCCGUACACAUACCGAGGGCCCUACAUCAGCUUACUGCUGCAAUAGUUGGAGUGGGUUCAAUUACACAUGGGUCAAUGGGCGGGCCUGCGCCGCAUGGGGCCCCAGGACAGAAGCCCUUCCCAACCCCGAGGACGCGAAAUCGGAUCAAGUGCUUAUGAUACAUACACCCUGGACCGUGACUUGGGAUGCAUCUGACACUGCGACCUUGACGCCAAAGUUACCGACAUUGGCUAGCCUAAUGGUAGUGCCGACGUGGUCAAUUGGUCAAACGAUCCCGGAUGGAGUUUAUGACUACAAACCGCCGAGACUUGAGAGUGGGUCUGACUUUACAAAAGAUAGUCUUUUCAUGUUCCUAGUGGUCGGAUGUCCUGUAAUUCUGUUCGUAUUGGUCUGCUCAUGCGUGUUUUGCUGCGUAAGGAGCUGCAGAAAGAAGAGGCGGCAGAGAAAGGCUGCGAUUGUCGCGGCAACGACCGCCGCACCUACUUUGCCACCUAAGUGA